UGAAUGGGGAGAGGCACUACGUGAACUGCCACAACCAUUCCCGAGAUGAGAUUAUCAAAUGGGUGAAUUUACUCUGCACACAGUCAGGAAAUCAAAUAAUCAGAAUGAGAAAGCUGUGGCACACAGACUGCCCCUCGAUUCAAGGUCCAUGGAGUCCCUUUGUGAACAGGGAUCCUCAGCUUAACCUUGUAGAGUUUCCUAACGAGAACCUCUCUCGCCCAGUUUACCUACCAAAAACAGCUACAGAACAGUUGAAGGAGAUAUUUGAGAAGCAACGGAGAAGUAUGUCAUCACUGGAUGCGAAACAAGCAGAAUGAUGGAAGUGACAUGAGACUGGUUCUUGAUUGUUCACAAACAGUGUGAGACGGACAUCCUGUAGUGAUAUCAGGCAUCAUAGCAUGCAAAAAAUAGAUGGCUUCAUAAUUAUUACAAAAAUAGUUGUUGAACUUUUUGUACAUAUUUCAUGAGAGAUGGCAAGUAAUGUAAUAAAACUGAUUACAUGUGAAUCUAG